AUGUCUUUUGCUUUGUUGUUGGAUCCACCUGGGGCCGAAGCCAGGACUUUUGCUGAGAAGGAUCUCAGAGAAACUGAGGAGAACGUGAAAAAGGGCAUCGAGACUCUGAGGAAGUAUAUCGAAGAGGACAAAACAAUUUAUUUUUGUACCGACGAUGAUUUCCUCAUGAUCUUCCUCCGACCUUGUAAAUUUUAUCCACACAGUGCGUUUGAACUAAUGAAACGAGUCGCAGACUUCAAGGUGAAGCACGCAGCCCUGUUGCAUAAUCUAAUGCCGGAUGAUGAAAAGGAUGCUUUCACUGAACAUAAGAUUGUUAAUAUUUUUAAACAUAGAGAUCACAAAAAUCGUAGAGUGAUGUUAGUAAAUUGCGGAAAAAACUGGGAUCCAUCAAAAGUCUCCAGCGAUCAAAUUUUUCGAAUGUUCUACUUGAUACAUGAAUUAGCCAUGUGUGAACCAGAAACGCAGAUAUUUGGUUCUGUGGUGAUAAUGGAUUUUGAUGGGUUAUCCAUGAAACAAAUUACGGGAAUGUCACCAUCCUUUAGUAUGAAACUUCUGAGUUUUAUUCAGGAUGCAAUGCCACUGCGUUUGAAAGAAAUUCACUUUGUGAAACAACCGUUCCUGUUUAAAAUGGUAUGGCAAAUGUUCAAACCAUUCGUCAGGGAGAAAUUGAAGAAUCGCAUGUUCUUCCAUGGUUCCAAAAUGUCUUCCUUCCACACUCACAUUCCAGCCAGUCAUUUGCCAAAAAACUACGAUGGUGAACUGCCUGAAAUAGAUUAUUCAAGUACCGACUGGUAUCCAGUAAUGAUGUCUCAUGAAGAAAAGAUUAAAGAGUGGAACACUUAUGGGUACGUAGAGAAUAAAUAAGCUGAAUUUUCAUCAGAGAUUGUCGUAGGUAUUAUUAAAUAUAUUUUUUGAAAUUUUUUCAAGUAAAUUCUAGAUUUA